GUAGCCUGCAUCCUAAUAGCUUUUACCCUAACGUUAGAGACAGCACAGCACAGACAUCGUUGUUUCCGCGGUUGGGUUUAGGGACUUCGAUAAUAACGAAACACACUUUCGUUCCAUACUUCGUUCUCUCCGCCCAACCAACAUUAACACCCACUCACCACCGCCACCACAAACGCCACCGCCGCCACCACCACCAUGUCCGUGUCACACUCCCUCCAACUCCACCUCUUCACCCCACCCCACACUACCAUCCCCUCCCACUCCCACUACCACUCCCACCUUCCAAUCUCCAAACUCAUCCUGCCCCGCCGCAUCCCGCCCCUGCGAGCCUCCUCCUCCGCGCAGGAAGCCAUUGUCUCCGACAACAACGGCGCCCCCGCUCUCCCUUCCGAUCUGAGCUCCAUCGAGGUCGACGCCGUGACGGAGGCCGAGCUGAAGGAGAACGGCUUCCGAAGCACGCGCAGGACGAAGCUCGUCUGCACCGUGGGCCCCGCCACGUGCGGCUUCGAGCAGUUGGAGGCUCUUGCCGUUGGAGGCAUGAACGUCGCGAGACUGAACAUGUGCCACGGCACCAGAGAGUGGCACAAAACCGUAAUCGACCGCGUUCGAAGACUGAACCACGAGAAAGGCUUCGCCGUUGCCAUCAUGAUGGACACUGAAGGCAGUGAGAUUCACAUGGGUGAUCUCGGUGGCGCUUCCUCUGCCAAAGCCGAUGAUGGUGAGAUCUGGACUUUCAGUGUUAGGGCAUUCGACUCUACUCUUCCACAACGCACCAUCAAUGUCAAUUAUGAUGGUUUUGCUGAAGAUGUGAAAGUGGGGGAUGAACUAUUGGUAGAUGGAGGAAUGGUUAGGUUUGAGGUGAUUGAGAAGAUAGGUCCUGAUGUCAAGUGCCUUUGUACUGAUCCUGGCUUGUUGCUGCCCAGAGCCAAUCUUACUUUCUGGAGGAAUGGUAGUCUCGUUCGUGAAAGGAAUGCCAUGCUUCCUACCAUUUCUUCUAAGGAUUGGAUAGACAUUGAUUUUGCUAUUGCUGAGGGUGUUGAUUUCAUUGCUAUUUCAUUUGUCAAGUCUGCUGAAGUUAUUACUCAUCUUAAAAGCUAUAUUGCUGCAAGAUCUCGUGAUAGUGAUAUUUCUGUCAUUGCAAAGAUAGAAAGUAUUGACUCAUUGAAGAACUUAGAGGAGAUCAUUCAAGCAUCAGAUGGAGCUAUGGUGGCACGAGGAGACUUGGGAGCUCAGAUACCCUUAGAACAGGUUCCAUCUGCUCAACAGAGGAUUGUUCAAGUUUGCAGGCAGAUGAAUAAGCCCGUCAUUGUUGCCUCUCAGCUCCUUGAAUCCAUGAUUGAGUAUCCUACACCUACAAGAGCUGAAGUUGCAGAUGUUUCUGAAGCAGUUAGGCAACGAGCUGAUGCCUUGAUGCUUUCUGGUGAGUCUGCCAUGGGCCAGUACCCUGAGAAGGCCUUAACUGUGUUAAGGAGUGUCAGUUUGAGAAUUGAGAAGUGGUGGCGGGAAGAGAAACGCUAUGAAGCUAUGUCACUCCCAUCAGUUGGGACUUCUUUUUCAGAAAAAAUAUCUGAAGAAAUCUGCAAUUCAGCAGCUAAGAUGGCCAACAAUCUAGAGGUGGAUGCACUUUUUGUGUACACAAAGACAGGGCACAUGGCAUCUCUAUUGUCACGAUGCCGUCCUGACUGCCCAAUCUUUGCUUUCACUACCACUCCAUCAGUGCGUAGGCGUCUGAACCUCCAGUGGGGCUUGAUACCGUUCCGUUUGAGCUUCUCCGAUGAUAUGGAGAGCAAUCUCAAUAGAACAUUUUCAUUGCUCAAGGCCAGAAAUCUGAUCAAAUCAGGUGACCUUGUCAUUGGUGUCUCAGAUAUGUUGCAGUCAAUACAAGUGAUGAAUGUUCCUUGAGAACACGUUUCAUUUCUUCUGAAAGCCAACGUUGCCCUUUUUCAAAACCUGGGAUCUAGAGUGCUAUAAUGGAGCAGAGGCUACAUGAAAGAAUUCUGUAGUUCUGUAAUUUAAAUCUAAAGGAUGCAACUAAAGUUUGGGUCAAUUUAUGUUUAUGCCCCCUAGAGUUCUUUAUUUGGUCUACUCCUUCAAGCUCUACAUAUCUUUUUUAGUCUGCUGAGGCAAUAUAGUGCAAUAUUUAUCCUUUCAAGUUGUGAGGCACAUGCGUUUUCUAAGUUUUGUAUCAUUGUAUUAGCUUUCCACUUCCAUAUGGAGUAAAAUGUGAAAAGUUUCAAUAAAGAUUCUUCAGUAGUCACUAAUCUGUAUGGAACCGUGUCAGAUGCUCAAUGUAUGCAUGCUGCAAAUUGUGUAUGCACCUCAUUACCAAUUUCUUUAGUUGCUUCACUGGACAAUAUUAGAAUAUGAUACUUUAAAGAUUCUCGUACUUUGAUUGACGAAUGUAAGCCCAUACAGUUGAUUGAGGAAAGGAAAAACGUAACUU